GUCCUACACUGGUUGUCACACAGUUUUAGUACGGCUGGAAAUGUGACUCUCAUAACACGGGCUUACUGACUGGAAUGAAUACACCACUGUGACAACCGAAGCGAUUUUUUUGUGUGCGUGUCCUGCGUGGUUCUCAGUGGAUAGGCAUAUAGACUGUGUGGACUAUACAUUUCUGCCAUGACUGUGGAUUUGUUUGCAGUUUUAUGUGUCAUCAUCACCACCACCACGGUUUCUGCGAUGGAAGAAACGUUGAUGGACACACGGGUGGCUACUGCUGAGCUAGGCUGGACGGCCUACCCUGCGUCUGGGUGGGAGGAGGUGAGCGGCUACGACGAGAACCUCAACACCAUCCGGACCUACCAGGUGUGCAACGUGUUUGAGCCCAGCCAGAACAACUGGCUCCUCACCACCUUCAUCGACCGACGUGGAGCUCAGAGGAUCUACGUGGAGAUGCGCUUCACCGUGCGUGACUGCAGCUCCAUCCCCAACGUUCCCGGCUCCUGUAAGGAGACCUUCAAUCUCUACUACUACGAGACGGACUCAGUCAUCGCCACCAAAGGAACUGCCUUCUGGAUGGAAGCCCCUUACCUAAAGGUGGACACCAUCGCGGCCGAUGAGAGCUUCUCCCAGGUGGACUUCGGUGGACGAUUGAUGAAGGUCAACACAGAGGUUCGGAGCUUUGGCCCACUGUCGAAGAAUGGGUUCUACCUGGCUUUUCAGGACUAUGGUGCUUGUAUGUCGCUACUCUCGGUCAGAGUGUUUUAUAAGAAGUGCCCCAGUGUGGUGCAGAACUUUGCCAUCUUCCCAGAGACCAUGACGGGGGCGGAGAGCACCUCCCUGGUCAUCGCUAGAGGGAUCUGCAUCCCGAAUUCGGAGGAGGUGGACGUGCCAAUAAAGCUGUACUGCAAUGGAGAUGGGGAGUGGAUGGUUCCUAUCGGGAGCUGCACCUGCAAAGCUGGGUUCGAGACAGAUAACGGGAAUGUCUGCCGAGCCUGCCCCCCAGGGACAUUCAAGUCGAGCCAGGGUCCAGGUCUGUGUUUGCAGUGCCCCUCCAACAGCCGCUCUGUAGCCGAGGCCGUCACUAUCUGCGCCUGCCGCAACGGCUACUACCGUGGGGACGUAGACCAACCCGACAUGCCCUGUACCAGCGUUCCCUCGGGACCUCGGAACGUGAUCUCCGUCGUGAACGAGACUUCGGUGAUCCUGGAGUGGCACACGCCCAGGGAGACGGGCGGUCGUGAGGAUGUGGUCUACAACAUCGUGUGUAAGAAGUGUCGUGCGGACCGCCGUACCUGCUCGCACUGUGAUGACAAUGUGGAGUUUGUGCCUCGGCAGCUUGGCCUGACAGAGACCAGGGUGUUCAUCAGUAACCUGUGGGCUCACACGCUCUACAGCUUCGAGAUACAGGCUGUAAAUGGAGUCACCAACAAGAGCCCCUACCCUGCCCAGCAUGUGUCUAUAGACAUCACCACCAACCAGGCUGCCCCCUCGAUCGUACCCAUCAUGCACCAGGUGAGCUCCACCAUGAAGAGCUUCACGUUGUCAUGGCCACAACCCGAACAGCCCAACGGAAUCAUCUUGGACUACGAGCUACGCUUCUAUGAGAAGGACCAUGCAGAGAUUAAUUCCACCAUGGUGCGCAGCGAGACCAACACAGCCCGCGUGGAGGGCCUCCGGGCGGGCACGGUCUACGUCGUGCAGGUGCGGGCCAGGACUGUGGCUGGCUUUGGCAAAUACAGCGGCAAGAUGUGCUUCCAAACCCUCACAGAUGAUGACUAUAAAUCAGAGUUGAGGGAGCAGCUUCCUCUGAUUGCUGGCUCGGCUGCAGCAGGAUUGGUGUUCAUCGUCUCUCUAGUGGCCAUCUCCAUCGUCUGCAGCAGGAAACGGGCGUACACCAAGGAAGCGGUGUACAGCGACAAGUUACAGCAUUACAGCACAGGAAGAGAGCUCUCCCUGAGAGCCGACAUGUCUAACUGCCCCUCCCCAAUGGGCUGCCCGACCCACUUCUCAGGCUCUCCGGGGAUGAAGAUCUACAUCGACCCCUUCACUUAUGAGGACCCUAACGAGGCCGUCCGGGAGUUCGCCAAGGAGAUCGACGUCUCCACCGUCAAGAUCGAAGAAGUCAUUGGCGCAGGUGAGUUUGGUGAGGUGUACAAGGGGCGUCUGAAGCUGCCAGGCAAGAGGGAGAUCUACGUAGCCAUCAAGACCCUGAAGGCAGGAUACGUGGAGAAGCAGAGGCGGGACUUCCUGUCCGAGGCGUCAAUCAUGGGACAGUUCGACCACCCCAACAUCAUCAGACUGGAGGGCGUGGUCACCAAGAGUCGGCCAGUCAUGAUCGUCACAGAGUUUAUGGAGAACGGGGCCCUCGAUUCCUUCCUGAGACAAAACGACGGUCAGUUCACUGUAAUCCAGCUGGUGGGCAUGAUGAGGGGCAUCUCGGCGGGCAUGAAGUACCUCUCUGAGAUGAACUACGUCCAUAGAGACCUGGCUGCCCGCAACAUCCUGGUCAACAGCAACCUGGUCUGCAAGGUGUCCGACUUUGGACUUUCGCGCUACCUUCAGGACGAUACCUCUGACCCCUCCUACACCAGCUCUCUGGGGGGUAAGAUCCCGGUGAGGUGGACGGCUCCAGAGGCCAUCGCCUACAGGAAGUUCACCUCAGCCAGUGACGUGUGGAGCUACGGCAUCGUCAUGUGGGAGGUGAUGUCAUUCGGAGAGAGACCCUACUGGGACAUGUCUAAUCAGGAUGUGAUCAAUGCCAUAGAGCAGGACUACCGGCUACCCCCUCCCAUGGACUGCCCCUCGGCCCUGCACCAACUCAUGCUGGACUGCUGGCAGAAGGACCGCAACGCCCGGCCACGCUUCACUGACAUCGUCAACACCCUGGACAAGAUGAUCCGCAACCCAGCCAGUCUCAAACAAGUGGCCAGCAUCCCUGCAGUGCCUUCCCAGCCCCUGUUGGACCGUUCUAUCCCAGACUUCAACACCUUCAGUUCAGUGGGAGAGUGGCUGGGAGCCAUCAAGAUGACCCAGUACAGAGACAACUUUCUCAACUCUGGCUUCACCUCCCUGCAACUGGUAGCACAGAUUACCUCUGAAGACCUCCUCAGGAUAGGUGUGACCCUGGCGGGCCACCAGAAGAAGAUCCUGAGUAACGUUGCCUCCAUGCGGGUCCAGAUGAGCCAGUGCCAGUCGCCCACCACCAUGGCAUGACUGGAGGGGGCGCCGUGCCACGGGUCGGGCAGCAUUCAGGCAGGCAGGGACUACAGCAGGAAGGACUACACCCCUCACCGAAUGACCCCCAACCCGUCGGGACGCGCCAGGGUUGAGACUAUCAUCCUCAUCUAAUGGAACAUCAUAAUAGCAGUAGACCAGGGUCCAGACCAAUACUAACUCAAUAUCACCUUCCACUAAUCUGAGUUAUAAUGAGUUAUGAUCCAGAGUUCAGUGGGUUCAGAGAAUGUUUUUUCUAAUCUUAGUCUGUGAGUUCUACAGUCCUGGAGUCUGGAGUUGACAGAUUAUCAUCCUAGUCUGAACUAUCCCAGAGUUUCAUGGGUUCAGAUACUUUUGUCACAUCUUAAUCUGUGGCCAUGGACUAUACUAUCAUCCAUAGAUUAUCAUCAGUGUGUAGGUCUGUGUAAUUUCACAUCUGGAGCACAUGGUAUAUAGAAUAUGAUCGUAUUGUACUGUAAUCUAACCCCAGACCACCACAGAAUGACAAGGUGAUGGAGUCUGGGACUAUCAGAUGUAUAUCUUUACUGGAUGAUGGUAGACUGGAGAGGAGGACCAAGUGGACGCCAUUUUGAACAGGAAGUUCAUGUCAUCAGAAGGUCUCUGUUAUGUCAUUUGAACCCAGGCCUUCUUCAAAGACUAGUGAGGAUGCUUGGCCUGGCUAGGAGCAGCGGUAUGAAAUGCGCGUAGGAAGAAAGCAAUUCAAAUCCACCAUACAUUGUCAUUAUACACACAUACGGAAAAGGAUACAGAGGCAUACAGUGGUGUAUGGUUGAUUUGGUUUGACCAUUUCUCAAAUUGUAUUUUUUCUUCAUUCCAAACUUUUGACAUCUUGGAGAUCUCCUCAAGGUCAACAGUUGAACCGGCGGGAAAGGAGAGCUUGUUGAGACAUUUGUUGAUAUCUUGUUUUGUUUUUUAACCAUAAAAACAGGGAACUCAGAUCUCUCGUCCAUGUUUUCACCUUAACACUACCUGUGGAUGUCUGGGCUGAUGGCCUUGCCAAAGGACUAGUGAAACGGCCUCGCCCAGAUUCUGACAAUAUAUACAAAUAUGUAUAUCUCUAACUCAAUACGAAUAUAUCUUCAGAAUAAAUCUUCAUAUUGAAGGUGAUGUGUAUGAAUAUGUAUGUGCAAGACUCUCUCUGCUUGCAUUUUUGGCAAAGAUGACGUUUUUGUGCACUGAAUUGUAAUGGAGAUGGACACAUAUAAUGCUGAGGGGUUACAAUCCUGAAAUAACUUUGACCUGGAAAUAAAUGUACAAAGGACCAUGUACAAAUGACUGUUUCUGUAGAUGUGUAUAAAACAACUGUAGGGAUAAAAAAAGGUGACCAAAACGUCCAUUCUCUGGAGAGCCCAUGUUAAAUGUGAGUGUCUUGCUGAUGAGCACUUAAUGUACAGAUGAUGUUGGUUCUUCUUCAUUUCUUUGUUGUUUGUGUUGGAGUGAUUGGAACCGUCCAGAAUGGGAAGGAGAGUGGAGAGUGUCUCGUCGCAUCUGGCCAAAUGUCUAUGGUAUGUAUCUCCUAUCCAUCCUCAUAGUAACUGCACUGGCAAUGAAUAUCAUACAUCCUCACAAAUGUGGAGUAUUUGGAAACAGUAACGGUAACGGUAAAUAAAGAAUCUAAAAGAUGAUCAUGGAGUUGCUGGGGUCAAGUUCAGGAUUUCAUUAUAACUACAUAUCAUUGGCAUUUAAAACAUGGCCUUCAUUUUCCUUGACAUUCUCUAGGCAUUCUGGCUGAAGAAUGGUCAUUUACUUCAUAUUCAGACAUUUUAUGAAUAGCUGAUAAGCUAAUCAAGACAUCUCAGAUUGGAGAGUUUUCCUUGUGUGUGUGUGUGUGUGUGUGUGUGUGUGUGUGUGUGUGUGUGUGUGUGUGUGUGUGUGUGUGUGUGUGUGUGUGUGUGUGUGUGUGUGUGUGUGUGUGUGUGUGUGUGUGAACGAACAUCUGGGCCUGGCUUUGCCAACAGAUGCCUGAUGAACACACAGACUUAAACAGCUUACAGAGGCACACACACACACACACACACACACACACACACACAAACACUCCCCCAUGGCCAGCUAGAGCUGAGCCACUGACUUAUCUCUCCAGACCACUACAGUGUCACCAUAUGGAUAGCCUCGGUGUUAGGAGGAGAGGAUGUAGCGCCUCCAAGGAGUUCUGCUCAUACAUUAGUCCACCACACACCUGUUACCUUAAGUGGUUAAGCUUUAUAGCUAUUAAUAUAGUACACUGAAAUCAAAGUUCAUUGUGAGUAUAGGUAAGUUACAUUCCACAUACUUUGUCCACUAUUCAUUUAUGUGUCCAUAAUGGGGUGAAAACUUCCACUUAAGUCAAAUUUUCACUGGUUGUUAGGAUUUGCACCAAUGUCUAUAUGUGGAGCACACUAUUGUAAUUGGUGGGAGAGGUCUAUUCUUAAGAUGGAGACUACUGAUGACAUGAAUGCUUUCUGGUUGGCGUUUGAGAGAGAGUAUUCUUUUGAGUAUGUUUUAGAUGGUGGUCUAGGAGGUGAAGCUGACGUGACGGGGUCUGACGUGUAGAUAGGGUUGAUUAUACUACUAGCCCAGCUCUUGUCUAUGCUAGCAGGCUGUGAUUGGUGUAGUGUAGUCUCAAAGAUGGUCUUAAACGAAUCACACUGGAUCUCAACUAUGGCUGACAUCAAGGUGUAGGAACCUGCUGAUUCAUGGUAGGUUGAACUGCUCUGAUGAAUGUGACUCGGCCAAAGUGAAAACUUGUUUUAUUACCAAUCAAAUAAAGGAGCCAAAUGAAGACGCUGAUCCACAGGAAUAUCCACUUCUAUAAAGCAGGAAUUCAAUGGGAAAGUAACUACUCACCGCUGUUAAAGAUACAGCUGUAAUCAGUAGCAGUGAAUUAUGACUUAUGAAUCACAUAUAGCCAUAAUAAUUACAGUGCAUUUGUCUGAGAACCCUGUUGAUUUCAGUGACAGCAGAGGGGAAAGGCAGUUGAUUAUCUACAGAUUAGGCCCAAGUAUAAAGUUGUAACACAAAACACCUUAACAUCAUUGUAUCAAUCCAUUGUAACAGCAUCCUUAGGUGUCGUGUAAUGACAAACUACUGCUUCCCCAAACACAGAUAUCCUAGCCUGCUGUUACCACUAACCAGCCUCGGACAGCGUUGGGCUAUUAUUUUAAGAGGAGUGUGGAUCCAUGACUAAGACUGAGGUACCCACCGUGUCAUCUGAAAUUAGAAAUCGAUGGCAGCCCAUUAGCAGGUUAUUAAGUAUCCUCAACCCCUUUACCCUUUCCUUCUCCCCUCUGUCUCAUCUCUCCACCCCUCACUUGAUCUUCGUCUUGGCCAUGCUCCAGCUCAUUUAUCCGGGGUGUAACGAACCUGUCUCGGGCCUAGGUCUGGGUGUGGGUUUACGUCUGGGUAUCGCCAGGCCUAGCUGCCUUGAGCUAGGAAUGAGAAAUGACCUCUAUCUGGAUCACUGCUCCAGUGCACAAGGCAGACAUGGGACCAGGCCACCUGCUGGGGCCUCAAAGUCUGGCAGGGGUCUGAUCAGCCACAGGGAAAGAGACGGAUGGAGCUGGGUCCAGGCAUACAUGUGCACACACGCACACACGCACACAGACUGAUACAGGCAUAGAUGCACACACACAGACACACUCAUAAACACACACACAACACACUAUUGGCUCCCUCACAGAUUCUCCACCACAGCUCUUGAUGAAGGGAGAGUGGGUCAGGACCUGACAGUGUGUGUCUGUGAGGGAAAACGAGAGAAGAGAGGAAGUUGGCAGACUAUAAAACAGUAGCACUAUUCUUUAAAGCAAAGUAUAUUGGAUAUAUAAUAUAUCCUGUAUAUAUAUAAUUGUUGUAGUGCAGCCCAUAAUAUAGACCUAAGACCACCUGAGUUGUUUCAAUAAACCCUGUGUGACAAUCUAUACGUUAAGAUCGUUAGGUUGACACCUAGCAGUUCAGAUGACUUUCAACAUUGUUAGAGCCGAUUUGGACAUAUUUGUAUAAAAGACCGAACAUAUGGAGCUCCAUGUACAUUUGUGUAAAUAUAUUAAAUAUGAAUGUAAAUUAUGAAAUAUUAGGUACGUACCUUUAUGAUUUAUAUUUACCUGAUUGAGAUAUAUUAAUUUGUUGUUAGUGUAACUCAGUUUUUGGCCCCCCCUCUUGCCUAUUCAUUGUAUUGUAGUAAGUGUGUAAGGAUAAAGGCAGGAAGUUGGGCCUUCGGGAGGGGGAGUCCUUGCUAGAUGCGGGAGCGGUAUAGUUUUUUGACCAUACAGACAGGUCAUAAUAUGUAUUUUCCAUAUCAAUUAUUCUAUGCUUUAAGUUGAUUGGAGAAUAAUUUACUUGUUAGAUAUAAGAAGAAUAAACAUUUUUGUUGCACCAUAUCCCUGGAUGUCAUUGAAUGUUUGGCCGUUUGGAAAACUUGAGUGUGGACUGUAUGCGUACCAAACAACCCCGCUUCAGGCUUGGGCAGUGGCUAUGGUAAAGACGAAAGGAAGCCACUACAAACAUCAUUCACACAAGCCCGGAGAAUGCUACACAUAACCAUUCAUUCUUCUGAUUAAUGAUGUAUAUUUACUCAAUGCAAGGAUCUCAUUUCAAUCAAUUAGCUACGCUUCCAAUCAACCACGUCUCAAGUAUUUGCCAUGCAACAUGUCUGUGUGAAUGAGAUGACAGUGCAGUCUGUAAUUCCCAUUUUUCUCCUUUUUCCAUUUGCUAAUGUUUGUCUUAGUAAAAUGCUGACUCUAAUAGCAUUCCACUUCAAUAUUGUGACAUGAAAAAGCAAUCAGUGCUCUCUCCAUAAAAGCCAUUUCAGAAUUUGCUGUCAUUGUCCCAUCUGCUCCUCUUACAAAAUAUGUGCCUGAUUUACUUCAUAUAUAUAUUCAUAAAUGUAAAAGGACUGUUGUGUGGAUUACUUAAGUAAUAUGGCCUAGGGGGUGUGGUAUAUGGUCAAUAUACCACAGCUAAGGGCUGUUCUUAAGCACGACACAACGCGGAGUGCCUGGAUACAGCCCUUAGCCGUUGUAUAUUGGCAAUAUACCACACCCCCUGGGCCGUAUUGCCCGAGGUGCCCUAUUGCUAUUAUAAACUGGUUACCAACUUAAUUAGAGCAGUAAAGUAAAUGUUUUGUCAUACACAAGGUAUACACAAGGCUUUCAACCAAUCAGCAUUCAGGGCUCGAACCACCCAGUUUAUACUUUGGUAUAAGAUUUUAGUGUGUCCAUUCUUUCUGAUGAUUGCUGUUGCAGACAUGUCGAGGCUAGUUCAUGUUUUGGAAAGUGUUGAAUGGUUUAAUUUAAAGAUGAGCUAAUUCCUCUA